GGUAAAGAGACAGAAUGCAACAUGGUGCCAAAGCGGAGAUUUCGAAUGCAAGGGACCCUCGACGGUGGUCUAAGUUGGUUUGUUGUUUUUGGAUCUUUCAUGUCACAGUUUGUCGUUAUGGGAAUACACUUCGUUUUCGGCCUUUUGUACAUUGAUCUGUUAAAGGAGUUUGGGCAAAGCAAGGCCACCACAGGUGAGUAUGAGUUGCAGUGUAGUGGGGCUCCCAAGUUCACUGCCUGCUCUAGCCGCUGCCUGGAUUUUUUCUCAGUUUUCUCUAGUGAAGCUCCUCGGCCACGCUUGAAAAUAGCCAACUGGUUUACUUCUGGCUUGUUGGGAUUCUUAACCUUGUUAUGUUUAUUUUCAAAUGUUUGUUUCUGUCUUUAUUCGUGGGCCUCAAUGGAAACUAGUGGAUCAAUAUCUGUGAUGCAUCUGCAUUAUCCAAUAGCGAAGACUGGAAAUUGUUUCCUAGCUCGUAGGACUAGCACUCCAAACGGAAAACAUUUUGUUUGGAGGUAAAGCCUAGUGUUUCGCUCUGACACUCACCGUAAAUUUCCUUUUUUAAUAGCAGUAGCUUUUUGGUCAGUAAUCGUCAGCUUCACCCCUCGGCCACGCCUUUUUGUAGCCAACAAGUCUAUUUCCACCAAGUUAGAGUUCUUCUUAUAUAUAUUACGUAAAUAUGUUAUGUUGAAAUUAGCUUUGCCUGAUUAUAAGGUUUACAACAACAAAGCCCUAUCAAACGCAGUCGAAACCCAACAUUAGCGUAUUGUAACUAUAUGAGCCGGGUUUAGCUGUCCGCUUAAAACUAUUCCUGGAUGAAGUAAAAGACUUCAGUGAUAAUUUGAUCCAUUAUCAACGAGAGAGGACACGUAAGAGUGUUAAAAAAAGCGACUGUGACACUUUCAAAAAUUUUUUUUUUAGCUUUUCUGACAGCUAAAUAUUUUGCCGUCAGGUUUAUGGUUAUGGUUUACCCAAGGUCCCGUUUAUAUGGAAAAAAGUUGUUCCAGGAAACAGGGUCACUCUCCCACCCGAGCGGUUCAUAUGAGAAAAAGGGUUGACCCCUUUACCCAAGCCAACAACGCUCUCGCAUGCUCUGGUCGUCUUGCCUUGACCGGGUUGAUCCGACCGGGUGGGCCAAAAUUAGGAGAGUCAUCUCACUAUCGAACUAAAAAGAGUGAAUUUCUAACCAAGGUAACUUUUUGUAUCUCAUGUAAACGGCUCGCCAACUUUGUAAGGAAAUGAAGGAGAAGUUGUCUCACCCACGGUAGCUAAUAAACCUAAGUGACCUUUUUACCCGGGACAAGUUUUCUCCAUUAAACCGGGUCUCGAGACUCCCUUAGCUUAGUGUCCUCAUUAUAUUAUCCCUUAACAUUUCCGGUUUUGCCUUUUUUCAACAGCAUGGGUUGCUUCCAUUGCAUUCGGCUUCAUUGGUUGCCUGGCACCUCUAAGUAGUUUACUGUGCAAAAAACUUGGUUGCAAAGUAGUCAUGGCAGUCGGUGGAAUACUGAUCGGAAUUGGUAUUUUUGUUUCCUCUUUCGUCGAUACGAUUUUCCUCAUGUAUGUCACAUAUUCCUUGAUAUUCGGCCUGGGAUCUAGCAUGUGCUACGUAGCUUCCGUUUUGGUGCUCAGCGAAUACUUUAAUAAAAAUUUAGUUGUUGCUAAUGGAAUCGCUCUGGCUGGAGCGGGCGUGGGAGCCAUAUCACUUGCGCCAGCGUUGAGCCUUCUACUGGACAAUUAUAACUGGCGUGAUGCAGUUCGUAUUCUCAGUGGAGCGUCACUUGUGCUACUGUGCUGUGCAUUUAUUUAUUAUUUGGUGCCUUCGCCGCUGAAAUUUGUAGAUGCUAAGGAUUACCAAGAAGAAAAGAAAUGUUUUGAUUGCUCGUUAUUUAAGAACAAGGCUUAUGUUCUGUUGAUUGCUGUUAAUGGAUUGGUGUUAUUUGGAUUUUAUAUACCAUACGUUCAUUUGGUAAGUUUAUUCUCUAGUCAGCGGUUUUUAGUAGCUGUUAGUUAGCCCCUUACGCAAACGUUUUUAGGGCUUUAUACACUGUAGAAAAUCAUGACGAAGCCCUUAGAACGUUUGCGUGGGAGGCUAGAGGUUGGUAUGCGGCGGCUUGAUUCACGAAGUAUUCCGUCAUAGAAAUGCUGAAGCUCAGCGGUUGCCUGCUCCAAGGUGACCAAAGGGGGCCAAAGGGAUGACGCGUAAGUGAAAGGCUUGCGAAAAUAUGAGCGCGUGAUCUGGGAAAAGGCGGCGGUGGCGCUUUCUCAAUUUCGAGGACCCAACUAUUUCGGAGCCUGGAACAGGCCACGACAUAGGCAGGCGAUAAAUAUUGUAGAACUUAAAUCUGAUAUUGGAGAAAAUGCGAGCGCGAGUGAAGCAAAUUGGACUUUCUCCCACCACUCGCGCGACGCUUUCGCUCCACUUUUAUCGCGUGUCAUGUUUGGAGAAAGAGUCCUUUCUACUCACUGCCAUACAGGCUACGAGAUUGUAUAGAAGAAAGACAUUUCCAAGCUAUCGAUUGCAUGAAUAACGUGUUUUCUAAAACGGCAAAUGCUUAUCAAUUUUAUCAUUAUUGCCUUUAUUUUAUUAAACGCAUAGUCUUAGUUUUUGAAAGUUUGAUCAGAUGUAUAUUUUUCCUGCAGAGUUCCUUUUUAGUAUCAAAGAGCAAAGUACCGUGAAUUGCCGUUUAUAGCCCCCUCCCCCAGUUAUACGCCCAUCAACCAUUAAAGAAUGAGACAUAUUUGAUUAUAAGCUCCCCGCCGAUGUAAACCCCACUUGUAUUGAAAAUAAUUUGAUUCAUUAUGACGUUUUGAAUCUUAAUUGUGGUCAUCAUUGCUACAGCUUGUUUCGAGGCGCUUUUUCUAUUCGAGAUAUAAGCCCCCUGGGAUAUAAGCCCCUCAAUUUGUAAGCCCUCUUAAAACCCCUUGCGAAGCUGUAUAAGCCCAGUGCUUAUAAGCCGCAGUUUACGGUAGUCCAAAAGCUUUCACUUUUUUAUUUUAAGGGGUGGUUUCACUAGAAGUUUGGCAAGUUUUUUGAACAAGCUGCUCUAGAAUUACUUGCCCACAUUUUCCUCCUUCACCUGUUUUGUCUUAUACAGGUAAGACACGGACAAGACAUUGGCAUCCACAAAGAGGACGGUGCUGUUCUAGUCGGCUUCAUUGCAAUGUCUGAAACAAUUGGAAAGAUUGUCUAUGGCCGAAUUGCUGAUCAUCCGCGUGUGAACCGAGUUUACCUGUAUCAGAUGUGCAUGUUGGUCUGUAGCGUUCUUACCACUCUUCUUCCUAUUUUGACCUCCUAUAAAUCCCUGUUAGCCUAUUGUAUAUUGUUUGGCAUCCACGAUGGCGGCUUUGUCGUCCUUAUAGCCGUAUUAGUAGGAGAUGUCGUCGGAAGGAAAAAGAUGGCAUCAGCCUUUGGGAUCAUGUAUUGUAUUUCUAGUAUUCCAAUGAUACUAGGACCACCAAUAGCUGGUAAGUGUUGCAUUGUGGGUGCAGCUGACAACUAAACUUAUUUCAGCCGGGGUGAUCCAAUUAUAGUCGGACUGAGACUCUUCUCUCAAGAGGAGCCAUGGGAAAUGGCAUGAGGCAUUCUUUUACCUUUUUUUUUUCUAAACGGUUUGUUUUUUACCACAGCAGAAUUAGCUCUUAGUCAGUCGGUUGAGCCCUUGACUGCAGAGCAGGAUUGAGGUCGCAGGUUCGAUUCUCGGGGCGGGACCAAUACUCAGGAUCUUAAAAUAACUGAGAAAUGAAGGUACUCUCUUUACGCUGCAAGUGGCUGGAUCUUCGGGUGGCUCGGAUGACCAAAAUAUGAAUGGCGAUCCCGUCUCCAGUUGGAGACCUAAAAAUAGUGUUUUCAGUUAGUACAGUUGGUGCUAAAUACAUUGACAUUCAAAUAAAGUACUUUUUUUAUCUUUUGUCUCACGAUAGUCACUUAGUUGUUGAUCGCAACUUGCCUAUCUCUGUAAGGCGUCUUCCCAGGCCUUCUGGGUCAAUGCAUUUAGGUGACGUAUCCGAGACGAACGGCUGGGACAACGUGAUCCGAAACGUAUCGGCCACGCGCAAUAAUGAGGCCUAGGCACUAGGCAAGAUCGCAACGUUUCGACUCGGCUUUCUGCAGGUCUUUAUCAGGAGCUGACGUCGUCCUCUAUUAACGCCAACAAUGCUUUGGAUCGAAACCCACCAACCUUGACCAAUCUCUAGCUCAGUAAAUUGACACCAAUCAUGACUUGCAUUCUUCGGUCGAAACGUCGCGAUUAACAACUAAGUGACCAUCGUGAAACAAACGAUAGAUAUGAAUCCGUUAUACACAUGCCACGAUGACUGAUAUCUUUCAUGAUAUUUUUAUUUUGUUUCAGUUUUUUCUUCGGUUCCUUAUAGGAAAACUAGUAAAUAUGACAUGCAUUCUCUGGUGUCUUCUGCUGUACUUUCGCAUCUAGAAGUGUUCUUGUUUCUUUAACGUCUUUUGUUUUAUUACAAUUUUACUAGUUUUUGUUGAUGAUGUGUAAAAAAAAGGGUUUCAUUCAGAAGAGACUCCUUGUGAUGAGAGUGAGUGUUAAAUUUCCGAACAUGUGCUCCGUGAGUAGGAACAAAUCCAAUCUUUUCCCUGUCUAUUUUGUAACUUUUUUUAUUUAUUCAUUUAUUUGUUUAUUAUACCUAUUUUAGGAUGGAUGUAUCUUAUUCUCCAGUCGUACGUGCCUGCGUUUUACAUGUCUGGCGCCUUCACUACACUUGGAGUAUGUCUUUUAUUUUUGAUUCCUUUUCUACUUCCUCCUGAAAUUGCUCAAGAGUGGUGCAUACGUAGAAAAGGUUAUCGGGUGCAAAUCCCAUCAUCCACCUCAAGUCAAGCUACAAAAUCAUUGACUUUGGAUUCCGGGUCAUUCUCUUCUGAGUCGGAAGAUCGUGACAGUAAAGUUUCGGAGUCUGGUAAAGGGGUGAAGUGUUAUGAAAAGAAAGAUAUUACCGUUUCGUUGGUAAAAGAUUCUGUUGAAUUGGAGAUUGUCAAAGAAAAAGCGGAUACAUCAACUGUAGGAUGUGUCCUAGAAAAAUACUUUUCUAUGCCUAAACUCGUAAACCAACAAGACUGCGUUUUGGGAUAUUUCAGUGACUACUCAAGGGAUUCAGAAGACGUUUGGAUUCACUCUUUGGACCCGAACAGAGAGACUAUGGUUUAGUUUAAUAACAUUUAAGUUGAAUAUUUAUUUCAAUUAGAUAACAUAUUCAUAACGGUGAAAAUAUUUCAAAGAAGGGCAGAACUGUCGCGGCCCUUUGAUGGUGACAAAAAGAAACAGAUCGAGUCGGAUCGAGUCCUAUAUGAACAAUGAAAAUGAGCUUUUCAGUAAACGCAAGACUAUAACCUUUAAUUGGAAGUCAACGUUAAUUUAGACUAUGUUCACAGUAUACUGGACAGGACACCUCUUGCGCCGGCACGAAAACCGUACCAGACAGGGCUUCUAUUCACACAAAACAACGGUGCUUUCAGUGGGAUUUCUGCUACGGAGCGAAGAUGCGCUGCGCUGAUCUCGAAAGUGGAGCAUCACAUAUCGGUUAGUUUCAGUGACACACUUUGGUGCAGUGUGAACAGGUAUUUGGACCGUAGCAGCAGUAAAUAAGAAGGCGCGAGGACUGAAAUCCAUUGAGACCGAAGUAAACAUUCAAGGCCUAGUUUUUCGAAGGCCAGUUAGCGCUUAACCCAGAGUUAAAAUUUAACCCUGGUUUCUUUUUCUUUUGUUCAAAAGCAUUUUCUCGGAUAGUUUUCGCUGUCAUUUUAAGCUUUCAUAUCUGAAUUCAAAUUUCGCAAAUUCCUGGGUUAUCUUAACCCAGCCUUGAAAGACCCGGCCCAGGAGUGAGGACUGGGAUUUGGUUCAGCAAACCCUCACGGUGAAUCUCUCAGGCACGAUGUUCGAUGUGUGUUAAAGAUUGCCUAGUCCCUGUAUGGCGUUUUACCAGGCCCGCUGAGUCAAUUCACUUCGGUGACGUAUCCGAGGCGAACGGGCGGGAGACGCCGUCACUUCGUCGCUUGAACCACGUGACCCGAAAUGUAUUGGCCGCGCGAAAUAAUGAGGCCUAAGGACUAUGCAAUGUUGACGACUCGUUCCAGUUGUGUUCCGUUGCUGUUUAUACUUAACUAUACCUUUGUCGUUGAAGUGCUUUAGCUUUAUUUCAAGAGAUAUUAGAAAUAAAUAAUUAUUAAUUAUCUAUAUAACCUAGUCUACGGCGCGUCUAGGAUUUAGUGGAGGGGGGUUCGGAUAUAUGUCUGCUAGAGGCAAACCAUCCUAGGGGGGUCGGGGCAUGCUCCCCCUGAAAAUUUUGAAUAAAGGUCCUCUGAAAGGUAAUUUCCAGCAU